UAGAGAUGGAGAAGGCUUCCUCUUUGAGCUCAACAAGGAGACGAUGUGUUUUUCAGACAUCAAUCUCGCCCCACCUUGAACCCGAAGAGAACUAAUGGAAUACACGACUACCCAUAACGGCACGUUCCGUGACCAUUUAAUUUUCCUUUUGCUUUCUCUUUUUGUGAAGAUCCAUGCAAGUCAUGUGAUUGAAGCGCUGCCUCCACCACGGAAUGUAGUUUUGAUGACCAUGAACACCAAUUACACACUGAAGUGGGGCUGGAACGAGACGACUUCGAAGACUGAAGCUGUUUCGUUUUCGGUCCAAUAUAUUUCGAAAUACAAGCUCGAAUCCAAGAAAAGGCACAACUGGUCUAUUGCCUGUGACAAGACGUCUUCCAAGUUUUGUGACCUUACCGCAUAUAACCUACACUAUUUGGGCAUCUACAUGCUGCGUGUACGCACCAAUGACAAUCACAGUCAUUCAGACUGGGUGCAGAAAGAAUUUUGUCCUGAGAAGCAUGCUGCAGUUGGUCCACCAUCCAAAGUGGAAUUGGCUGUUUCUGUGAACAACCUUGAUGUUUUUAUCUCCGAUCCACUGACCAAUUCAAAUCGCUCGAUGAAAGUGAAUCUUCCCAAGAUGUAUUACAACAUUGUGUACUGGGAACAUCAUGCAAACAAGCGGAUCCCACAACCCCAAAUUAUGAACACCAGUACGAAUAUGGUAACUCUGACAGACCUGAAAUUUUGGACAUUGUACUGUGUUCGGGUCCAGUCACGUUCUGACCGUCCCGACAAGAGCAGCAAAUUCAACUUGCCGCAUUGCAUUCAGACUGAUGGCUUCAUUCCUUGGUGGCAAACUGUUGUGUACUUCUUGGGCUCUUUGGUAAUGAGUUGUACAGUUGUGCUCCUCCUCUUGUAUAUUCUCUUCAGAUGUUAUAAGACAUUCAAGGCAACGUUCUAUCCCUUGAUCCAGCUUCCACAAAUUUUCCAAAAGUAUCCUCUUGACCCCCUUGGGUCUGAUAUUCCUUGUCUUCUGCCCGUGGAAUCUGAAGCUGAACUCUUUUGUGAUAUCGUCACAAUAUGUCCAAAACCUCCGGAACAUCACAGUCACUCCUCAAAAGAUCCAUCGAUGCCCCCUUUCGGUCUGGAGCCUGCUAGUAGUUCAACUGCUCUGUACAAUCAUCAGGACAUAAGGAGAAGCACAGACUCUGGAGUUUACUCCACUGAAGGCAGCAAAUGCCAGCAACAUCAGUUAAACAGCAGUCAAUCCUCCUUCGAGGCCGACCAAGACCCUGUUGACUUGGAUCCUGUGAAAAUACACGACAUGAGUCCAGGGCAUGACAGUCAGUGUGAGAAUGCGGUUGAAGGUUUUAUAGACCUUUGUGUCUGAAGA